ACCCCCGAUACUACCAAGCUGGUUUUCUGGAAAUGCUCGAGACACGUGUUAAAUAACGACCUACUUUAAAAUCACAUGAUAAUAGGAUAGUUGUGACUUCAAAGUUGUGUGCAUUUUACAAGUAUUCGGUGUUCAACAUGGCAUCUAGUUCACCUGGGAAAGAUGGUGUUGAUACACAACAAGAGUUUCUUGUUGGAUUUUCUCCAUUUGUUCAUGUUGAAACUGUUGAGGAAGAAGAGUUGGUACAUAAACAGUUUUACAAAGUUCUUCAAGAAUAUAACAGAAAUCCUAUUCUUUGUAAUGUGAUGAAUACUAAAUUGGAUUUGAGACUGUUGAAAAUAAGAUUCAACUAUUCUGAAGGUGCUCAAGACCAAAUGGUUACCGCUAAUUUCAGUGUUAAAAGAUUUAGAGACAUAGAACGCCUACAGCAGUUAUUGAAGGAUGACAGUUUAUCUAAAUUUAUGACAAAUUUCCUAGAUGGUACUGGAUUAAAUUUUGAACUUGGCAAGGGUGUUGAAAAAAAGAUUGAAAUAUUAGCUUAUGAAAUUCCAUCCUAUAUUGCUGACAGUAACGACAGUAGCAGACUUUCAACAAAUUUCACAGUUGUGACUGCACCAGAUGAAAAGACAUUCAAACAAGAAGAAAAAGGCAAAGACGACAAGAAACAAAUUGUCGUUUGGAAAGAACCAGCAAAUAAAGGAAUAAUUAAAGUGCAAAAGGCUACAUCCAUAUUAAUUCGUAUCUAUGUUCCACAUGAAGUUCAAAAAAUUAGCGAUGUAUGUGUUAUUUGGAAAGGGGAAUACUUUCAAACGAAGAAUAUUCCAGAAACGUUUAUUUGGACAGUUAGAUUUGACUCCUUUGCCAAGCACCAUGAAUUUCAGAUGGAAAUUACUUUUAUAAAAUCGAGUAGAUGGCAACAUUUUAUAUCUGGAGACCUAUCAGAAUAA